AUGAAAGGUGAUGAUGUGAAGAAAGCUAAGCUCGAACUGCAAUGUGGAAGUCCGCAGACCUCCUUUCUAUCACUAACCUGCGAAUCAUUUCAAGAAUUUGCACGAGCAGUGUUAAGUCUUAACACUGAAGAGGAACCGAAUUAUGCUGCUCUGCAAGCACUGCUUACAGAGCUCGUUGGUGAUAGAAAAAUGAGUGAUCCCUACGAUUGGGAAACCAAUUACCGCGAGGCCAUCGAAGGUGUGCGAAUCUACCCCUACGGGUUCCAGCAGAAGUGUCGGUCAAGACGUCGAUGCACCGCUAUGAUAGAAAAAGCAUAUUGA